AUGGAGCUGACGCACCACAUGAGUGAAGCGCUCAUGACAGUCGAAUUUCUGCAUGAUUUUCCGCAGUCCAUCACGACUGAUCGUGUUGAAAGCGUUCGUCAAAUCCACGCAGGUGGUGUAGAGGGGAGUUCGCAUCUCCUGGCACUUCUACAGCUGGCGAGCGGCGAAGAUCAUGUCAGUCCUUCCACGGUGUCAACAAAAGCCACAUUAACUUUCAGGGUGCAGUCCUUGCUGUAAGUAGCUGUUGGGACGAUUGAAGAUAAGGCGAGCAAGGAUCGUCCCAGCAAUUUUCAGUAAUGAGAUGACCCUUUAAUUAUCACAUACUCGCACAACGGCCACUGCCAGUUUACACCUCCGCAUCCUCCUGGGACUGCGUCAGUAGCAGUCGGCUUUUGCAUGGGCGAGGGAAAUGAUUAUGAAGUCGACACUGGAGAAUCCAUCCCCACAGCUACUCGACGUAUUCCUCACUAUAAUAAAUAUGACACGAUUGAAUCUAUCCCAACAAGCAAAGAGUCGUGGCAUGGAGAGCGGUCAACUGGCUGGCUAACUCGAUCCUCACUAAAGUAUUUUGGAGGAAAGAUUCGACCAAGAAUUAGGCUGUACUGGCGUCUUCUCAUAUGACCUUUAAUGCACCCUAAUUGAUGUGAGGUCUAAGAGUGAAAAAAUGUAGACCUCGUCGAUUUUAGCAUUUGCAGACGGGCUUUUAAAAUUUUUCAGACAUUACGUCCUCGCCGACAUUCAACCUUCUUGUCAUCGGCUGCUGAUGAUUGGGGGGAGGAGAGAGUGCAGCAUAUGCCUCGAAUGUUCGCCUACCUGUAAACUAACUCACAUGUAAUUCACCGGUGCUGCGCACAUUCUAUGGGACACAAAUUGCAAGCCGUCAUUCGCGACAGUCGAAUUGCCGGUGUAAAAGUACUGCAAAGCAUUAAUUAGUAUCCCACAUCAACGCCUUAUGCAGAAACUGAGCGUCAUUGGCAUCAGAAGAAAGCUUUCUUAAUAAACAAGGGCAUAGAGAGUUGGUCGGAAAAAAACGUGUGUUCUAAAAAGGAUCAGUCGGAGGGAGCGAACGCGAUAAGCUAUGCUCCCAGGUAUUCGGUUCCUUAGGCCCUUGCCUUUCAAUGCGCCGCAAAUCAGCGUGAACGGAACCCAUCAGCAAGCGGUGGACGUAUCUGGGCAGCACCCUCUCCAGCAAUACCAAAAUUGACGAUGAUGUGUCCCGCCGCAUUUCCAAAGCCAACCAAGUCUUCGACCAUCUGCAGAACACCGUCUGGAACCGUCACAGUCUCCAACUCAACACGAAGCUGAAGAUAUAUAAGGCAGUCGUCCUGCCGACGCUGUUGUGCGGAACGGAGACCUGAAUGGUCUAAAAGAAGCAGGCGCGGAGACUCAGCCGCUUCCACCUUAACUGUCUUCAACGGAUACAGAAACUGAGGUGGCAGGACCGGAUCCCGAACACGUGUGCACUGGAGCGGACGGGAAUUCUCGGCAUCUGCGCCAUGUUCAGACAACGGAAACUGCGUUGGGGCGGCAAUUUUGUGCGGAUGGACAAAGAGCGGCUACCUAAACAAAUUUUCUAUGAAGAUGUUGCCACGGGUUCCCGCCGACAAUGAAGCCAAGUCUGUCGCCACAAGGACGCUCUGGAGACUUCCCUGAAGCGUCUGGAGAUCGACCCGUUCAACUGGGAAGACCUUGCCCCAGACCCACCGGCCUGGAGGAGGACAGUGAAGAUGGACGCAAUGACUUACGAAGCCAACCGCAUCAUCACCGCCAAAGCCAAACGCGAGACACGCAGAUCCCGACUACGCCCGCCUUGAAACGCUCAACCACCCCCGACCUGCCCACGCAGCCAGCAGACUUUUUAGGCAACAAUCGGCCUUGUAAGACAUCUACGUAUCAACUGCAUCACCGUCACUACAUUAUCUGUCGUCUCUCCGUCCACUCCUCCCUCGCCUCCCACGCCGUCAACAAACGUCGACCGUACUCCCAAACCUACCCUACCAUCCUCCUCCUCCUCCACCGCCUCAACGUUUGCCGCUGUGGCGUCUGCCAUGGCCAUCAACACUACACACAACCCUGACACACCAACCAACACCAACACCACCAGCCUCUACACCAGCGAUGCGAACUCAGUCCACGUCUGUCUUCAUUGCGGUCGCACAUUUGCCUCACACAUCGGCCUGGUCGAUCACUUGCGAAUCCAUCCCACAGAGACUGGCCAACCAGUGCCCGGAACAUCAACCUACACCCACCGCAUUCGCCUCCACUGUCCACACUACCCCCGCACAUUCACUCACGGCAUGGGCCUAUUUGGGCACAUGCGUAUCCACGAGAGCGGGAUCGACCGCAGUCUCGACAAACCUAGCACCUCCUACACACCCACCAUGCCUAGCCCUGCCAACACUCCACCGCCCAGCGCGCCAGCCUCCACCAGCUCCAUCAUCUCCAUCAUCGAAGCUGAUACUGACACCACAAACUCCUCAUGUCCACAUUGUACCUCUACAUUCACCUCAAGAAUCGGCCUGGUCGAGCACUUGCAAAUCCACCCCGCAGAGACUGGCCAACCAGUGCCUGUAACACCAAUCCACAGUCGCCGCAUCCGCCUCCACUGUCCACAUUGCAUUCGCACAUUUAUUUAUCGCAUGGGUCUAUUAGGCCGCAUGCGUGUCCACGAAAACCCGUGGUGGACAACCGCCGGCUGCAUCACAUCACUACAUCCUCCCUCAUCAGCAUCUCACCGCACAUCAACAACGCUCACCACAAGCAUCCAGCUGCCACCUCCCACGCAAGUGGGAAGUGUACGUCUCGGCUCCUUCUCCACGCGGCUCCCCUGCUGCAUGCGUGAUCGGAGUUUGAGACGUAGACGGUGCGUCGAGCGCCGUGGCUCAGAAGGCAGCCGACUGACGCCCCAACUAAGUCUACCCAGAUGUCGUGUGUGUUGUCUGGAGUGGCGGACUGGUCAGCUAAGAGCCAGGCCGUCACGGCCCAUCCUCAAGACAUCUGUGACACUCUCAUGA